UAAUGAAGCCAGAGGCUAUAUUUGUUUCUCCGACUUCUUAAGCAUCACAGUCAAUCUACACUUGGCAAAUCCCUCUUUCUGUCUGCAGCCAUCAACAGGACAAGACCUAUGUCGCAUCGUAAGUUCUCAGCCCCCCGGCACGGCCAUCUGGGAUUCCUUCCACAUAAGCGUAGCCGACGUCACCGGGGAAAAGUGAAGACAUGGCCCAAAGAUGAUCCAACCAAACCCAUCCACCUGACGGCCUUCCUGGGAUACAAAGCUGGGAUGACCCACACCGUGAGGGAAAUCCACAGACCGGGGCUCAAGAUUUCCAAACGAGAGGCGGUGGAAGCUGUGACAAUCAUUGAGACGCCACCAUUGGUUGUGGUGGGAAUAGUGGGAUAUGUUGAAACCCCCCGGGGUCUACGGGCUUUGAAGACUAUAUUUGCUGAACACAUCAGUGAUGAAUGCAAGAGGCGCUUCUACCGAAACUGGUACAAAAGCAAGAAAAAGUCUUUUACCAAGUACUGCAAAAAAUGGCAGGAUGAAGAGGGAAAGAAGCAGCUUGAGAAAGACUUCACAGCGAUGAAGAAGUACUGCAAGUUGAUCAGGGUCAUUGUCCACACUCAGAUGAAACUCCUGCCCUUGAAGCAGAAGAAAGCUCAUGUGAUGGAAAUCCAGUUGAACGGGGGAACCGUAGCUGAAAAGGUGGACUGGGCACAUGAGAAGUUGGAAAAACAGGUCGCUGUUCACAAUGUGUUUUCCCAGGAUGAGAUGAUAGAUGUCAUUGGUGUUACCAAAGGCAAAGGAGUAAAAGGUGUCACUUCCCGCUGGCGCACCAAGAAGCUACCACGUAAAACUCACAAGGGUCUGAGGAAGGUGGCCUGUAUUGGAGCAUGGCACCCGGCUCGAGUUUCUUAUACUAUAGCCCGUGCUGGUCAGAAGGGCUAUCACCAUCGUACGGAGCUCAAUAAGAAGAUUUAUCGUAUUGGUCGUGGAAUACACAUGCAGGAUGGUAAGAUUAUCAAGAAUAAUGGAGCAACGCAGUAUGACAUCACAGACAAGUCCAUUACACCACUGGGUGGAUUCCCACACUAUGGCCCAGUCAAAAAUGAUUUUGUAAUGGUGAAGGGAUGUGUGGUGGGGUCAAAAAAGAGAGUUCUAACUCUAAGAAAGUCGCUCUUGGUUCAUACCAGCCGCCGAGCCCUGGAGAAUAUUGAGUUGAAGUUCAUAGAUACAACAUCUAAGUUUGGCCAUGGAUGCUUCCAAACACACCAAGAGAAAAGAGCUUUUAUGGGUCCUCAGAAGAAACAUCUGAUUAAAGAAAAACAGGAACCAGCUGAGGAAAUAUAGAUAUCUGCGCCAGGGAGCUUUUCCAAUGUUUUCGCCAAAAAAAUAAAAAAACAUCUAUUAUUAAA